AUGGAUGCCCCAGACUCUGGAACUGUUUCGGUGAAAGUUGAAGAAGAUGCAGCCUCACCUACCUACCAUCCUGCUUACCCGGCGUCGCCUGACACAGACAUCACACUGCGAUCGAGCGAUGGAACGCUAUUCGCCGUGUCGUCACUGCUCCUGAAGUUGACGUGGGGCUUCUUCAAGGCAAUGUUCAGUCUACCCAAGGAGCCUGCAUCACCGAACGGUCCGGAGCCCAUCUCCAUGCAAGAGAGCGCAGAAGUCAUCGCCGGGCUGCUGAACUUAUCGUUCCGACUUGGACAACCCCCGCUCGACUCAAUCGACACGCUCGAGACCUUACUGCGCGCCGCAGAGAAGUAUGAAGUGACAUCGGCGGUGGUCAUGAUACGGUCUGCGCUUACAUCUCCUGUUCUUGAGGCGUCCCCGAUCCGCAUCUACGGGAUUGCAUACGAACAUGGGUGGUACAAGGAGGCGACAUGGGCUUCCUCGAAGACCCUGACACUCGACCUAUGCUCUUCGGAGGCGGUGUCAGACCUCUCGCGCACAGACGGUGCUGCCAUAAUGAAGCUUAUGACUCUGCACCGCAACAGGAGAGACCUUCUCCGGGCACGCCUCGAUGACAAUGACCUCUUCCCCUAUGCGACCACCGCGCAGAUAGUCUGCUAUUCUUGCGAUGAAGACGUCGAUAAUAGCCCAUGGCAGCUCAUGAAGUACAACUUCGUCUCGCAGAUGGAGCGCGACGGCAUCUCCGUGGAUUACCUUGAUGGUACAGUCCUAGAAGACAUCGUUGAUGCGAAGUGUCCGCGGUGCAAGAGGAAGAUAUACAACCCAGUCAUGGUGAGGAAAGGGCUACGGGAUGCCAUCCGAGAGCUGCCGGCCAAGGUCGAGGUGAGUUGCCUCGUCGCAUGCAUGUUGUUCUGA